UAAACUGGCUACCUUGAAGCGCGCGAGAGACGAGAGGUGGUGAUGAGAAGGCCAUGGAAGCCGCGGCAUUUGCAAAUACAGUGGCGGCACUCUCGAGAAGCGAUCAUGAAAGUUCAACAAGAAGAAGAAGAAGACGGAGCGAGAUGGGUGCUGUUGCCGCAGAGCAGUGCUUGCCGGAGGAGACGAGCAAUGCCUCGUCGUCGUUCUUCCAGCCCAAGGAUCCAUCGCCCAAUGCGCCCCUGCUGGAUGGCGAGCUCGCCGCCGAGCAGCUCCACGACUGCGCGAGGGCCCGAGACAUCGCCCGAGGUAAGCGACUUCACUCUCUCCUGGCCGCGUCUGGGCAGGACCAGGGCGUCCACCUCGGCAACUUGCUCGUCACCAUGUAUGGCAAGUGCCGCAGCGUCGAGAAUGCACGUCUCUCGUUCGACCGAAUCACGCAAAGAAACCGGCGGUCGUGGAACGUGAUGAUCUCGGCGUAUGCCCAGAACGGGCAUCUGGAGGAAGCUGUGGGAAUGUUCAAGGCCAUGUACCAGGAGGGCGUGCAACCGGACAACUUUACGUUUAGCACCGCGCUCAGCGCCUACACGAGGCUCGCGGACGUCGUAGAGGGGAGAAAGGUCCACGAGAGGGUGGCGAGCGCGGGAUUUCUCUCGGACUUGAUCGUCGCAACCGGGCUCGUCAACUUGUAUGGGAAAUGCGGGAGCCUGGACGAAGCCAGACAAGCUUUUGAAUCGGCUCUUGCGGCUAGCGAGGAAGAUCAAAGAGAAGGACUCUCCGGCAGCGACGUGAGCGGCAGCGUUGGGCUGUGGACGGCGAUGGUGGCGGCGUGCAUCGAUGCUGGAGAGGGCUGGGAGGCGAUCCGGGUCUUCGCCGCGAUGCUCCUCCAUGGAGUCCGGCCAAACUCGCAGACUCUCUCGACCGUUCUCAAUGCAUGCUCGGCCGUGGGAGCUCUCAAGGAAGGCCGGCGUCUCCACGACUGCGUGAUCCGCAGCCUGGGAAUGGAUACCAGUGACACCAUCGUCGCCACCUCGCUCGUCACCAUGUACGCCAAGUGCAAGAGCUUGGACGAAGCUAGAGCCGCGUUCGAUCGCCUCACCGCGCGAGAUAUCAUCAGCUGGAACGCGAUGCUGGCCGCCUACACACACAAUGGCCAGGGCCACGGCGAGGCCUUCACGCUCUUCCAGGCGAUGCAGCUCGAGGGGAUCAAGCCGGACAAGUUCACGAUGAGCACCAUCGUCGUAGGCCUCGCCACCCUCGCGCAGGUCGACUACGUCAAGCGCCUCCUCGCCGAGAGCUCGCUGCUGGAGGAAGAUCUCUUCCUCGCCAACACACUGGUGACCAUGUACGGCAAGCACGGCUGCGUUGGCGGCGCCCGAUCACUCUUCGACGCCAUGAAGAACCGCGACGUGAUCUCCUGGACGGCGCUCAUCGGCGCCUACGCCCAGAACGGGAUGUUCCGCGAGGCGCUCCACCACUACCACGCCAUGAACCUUGAUGGCUUCCGCCCAAACCAAAUCACCUUCGUCAGCGCGCUCGACGCGUGCCUCAACCUUGGAGCGCUACAGCAAGGCCGCGCCGUGCACGCCGCCAUCGCCACCAGUGGCGUGGAGCUCGACUGCUUCCUCGAGACCGCGCUGGUGAACAUGUAUGGCAAGUGCGGGAGCUUAGAGACCGCGAGGGCGGUGUUCAAUCGGAUGCCCGCCACUGAUAUCGUCACCUGGACGUCGAUCAUCGGCUCUCAUGCGCAGCAUGGCAAAGGGUCGCGCGCCAUGGAUCUGUUCCACCGGAUGGAGCUCGAGGGCCACACACCCAACGCCGUCACCUUCAUCAUCUUCAUCUCAUCGUGCAGCCAUGCUGGGCUCGUUGACGAGGCGCUGGCCUACUUUGGAUCCAUGACCAGCGACUACAGCAUUCUCCCCGACGCGGAGCACUGCUUGUGCAUCAUCGAUCUGCUGGCGCGCUCCGGCAGGCUGGCCGACGCUGAGAGGUUUAUCGAGAGGAUGCCGUUCAAGGCGGACGCGGUGGCGUGGACGACGCUGCUCGCGGCUUGCAAGGCCACCGGGGAGACUUUCCUCGGUGCCAAGGCUGCUGCCAAGGAUCUGUUUGCGGGUCGUGAGUCGGGUGAGUGCGGCCCCUAUGUCAUGCUCGCAAAUUCCUACACACAGACUUCCAAAGACACUCAAACCUUGAGUAUAGAUUAGUACUGUUUAACACGUAGUCAUUGAUAUCAUCUAUAGAAGUUACAUCCUUUGUAAUUA